AUGAUGUUCCCAAGCCUGAUCGCUCCGCCGGCGGUAUACCCGAGUCUCCUGCGGCCAACCCCCACUCUCUCGUUGCCUCAGUCGUUGCAAUCCGCCUUUUCCAGCCACUCCAGCUUCUUGGUGGAAGACCUCAUUCGGAUCAGCAGGCCAGCCGGUUACCUGCCGCGAAGCAGCGCCCCUCCGCCCAGCAUGUCUCCGCCGCUCUCGGGCGCCAGCCCCGCAAGGACUGACACGGCUGGCUCUUCUUCCGAGCAGGUCGUUUCCAAUGCCUCCGGCGCCCGAAGGGGCUGCUCCGGACAGACCUCCGCCUCGCCCAGGAACGAGUCCACUUUCUUGAAGUUUGGCGUCAACGCCAUCCUGUCGUCGGCUCCCAGAGCAGACACUUCCCGCGCUCUGAUGCAGAAUGUCCCUCCCAAGACCUUCUCCUUCCCCUAUUUCGAAGGCUCCUUCCAACCUUUUAUCAGAUCCUCUUAUUUUCCAGCCUCAUCUUCUGUGGUGCCUAUUCCUGGCACAUUUUCUUGGCCUCUGGCUGCCCGAGGGAAACCACGCAGAGGGAUGCUCCGCCGGGCAGUCUUCUCCGAUGUGCAGCGCAAAGCUCUGGAGAAAAUGUUUCAGAAGCAGAAAUACAUUAGCAAACCGGACAGAAAGAAACUAGCAGCCAAGCUGGGCCUGAAAGAUUCUCAGGUGAAGAUCUGGUUUCAGAACAGGAGGAUGAAGUGGAGAAACUCCAAAGAGAGAGAGCUCCUGUCGUCUGGUGGCUGCCGGGAGCAGACCUUACCCACAAAGUUCAACCCUCACCCAGACCUCAGUGACGUAGGCAAGAAAGGUUCUGGGGAAGAGGAAGAGGAAGCAGCAUCCCCCUUGUGCCCAGUCAGCCCCAGGCAUUCCUUAACAUAUCACCAGUCCACAGAUGAUCCACACCUGAGAGAGAGGUUGGACUCUCACAUGCUCUCUUCUCCCACCCAUUCCAGCAGCCCCAGCAAACCAUCAGACUUCUCAGACUCAGAGGAAGAGGAGGAGGAGGAAGAAGAAGAAGAAGAGAUCACAGUCUCCUAG